AUGGCGGCUGAUCCUACGUAUCCUCUCUAUCCUGUCAUUUCGUUUCUCGGCUUCGUCCUUGCUCUGAUACCUGUCCCGUGGCACCUGCAGUCUUGGAACUCGGGUACUUGCUACUACAUGAUUUGGACGGCCCUGGGAUGUCUGAAUCAAUUCGUGAACUCCGUUGUAUGGGCGAAUACCGCACUCAAUGUUGCACCAAUCUGGUGCGAAAUUUCCAUUAGGAUCACCAUUGGCGCCUCCGUGGGCAUCCCUGCGGCGUCGAUGUGUAUCAACCGUCGACUCUACAAGAUCGCGCGGGUGCACGCAGUAGCAGUUACACGUGCCGAGAAACGACGCGCUAUCCUAAUCGACUCCCUGAUAUGUGUCCUUUUCCCACUAAUAUGUAUUGCGCUUGCAUAUGUCGUGCAAGGCCAUCGCUUUGAUGUCUUCGAAGUGUUAGGCUGCUACCCUGCAAUCUACAACACCAUACCUGCGUAUCCCCUGGUAUACAUGUGGCCGGUCGCGAUAGGAAUGGUGUCUGCGGUUUACUGUGUUCUCUCGCUUCGCGCACUCUUUGCUCGUCAGGCUCAAUUCCGUGAAUUCAUCUCCGCUACGUCGGGCCUGACCAGCGGGCGGUACUUCCGCCUGAUGGCGCUAUCUAUAACGGAGCUUCUCUUCACUGUUCCUUUUGGCAUCUACGAGAUCUACUCCAAUGCUGGUGGUAACGUCCAGCCCUGGUUAGGCUGGGCGAAUACCCACUACAACUACUCCAGAGUGGGCCAGUAUCCCGCUAUCCUUUGGAUGUCAGAGCCGUCGACUGCCAUUCCCGUCCAGCUUACUCGAUGGAUCGUGCCGAUCUGCGCGUUCGUCUUCUUUGGGUUCUUUGGGUUCGCCGAGGAGGCGAGGAGACGAUAUUACUUUUUGUAUGCUGCCGCAGGUAGGCAGCUCCAGUCGCUACGGAUGCUGCAUGUUCGUCGCCACCAAGAGAAAAUGAUCCAUGGCGCCGUAUUGGACAAAUCGUUUGACGCCGAUGACACUCUACCUGUCUACACGCCGCAUGUCGUGUCUCCUGGCUGGCGGUCGCUGGCUUCUGUCACCGUGGCUGCCAGUGAUGCAUCAUCAUCACCUCUCGACUCUGCGUUCUCGGACAAAUCCUUUGCCGACGACUUUGUAUCACAUCACGAAAAACCUUGA